AUGCCACUACUACCACUCCUCGCCGCUGUCCUCGUCGCCACCCCCGCCCUCGCGGCACCAUACAGCUACAGCUACAACUCGGGCCCGUCCGGCCCGCCAAGCUGGAUCUUUGCGCCGAUCAUAAUCUUCGGGGUCAUCGUCGUAGGCUCAAUAAUAGCUUCCAUCGUGGUGAGUGUCGCCUCCUACGCGCACGGGGCCAAGCUGAGGCCCCCAAAGGCAGCCGUACGCCGUAACUCCGGGCCGAGGACAUAUGUCCCCCCCAUCCCUGCUAUGCCGCCGCCGCUCCGCGUCACGCAGGUGUACACCGUGCCCACGCUGCCCGUGUACCCCGGCCCCGCGGUCACUCGACCUCCUGCCCCAGCGGCGCCAUACCCGCCCGUCCCGCCGCCGCCUGCUCCUGCGUCCGGGUCGGGGCCGGCCGUACGCCCCAUGUCGCCCCCUCCGCGCAGCGCACCGCCGGCGUACACUUCGACAUUGUAG